AAGCCUCUGCAAAGAUUUCCCGGGGCCGCGUCCUUCCUCGCCGGUCGGGGACGGGCACAGCCAGUUCAAUGCAGGCUCUGGGAUUUUUUCGGCGCUCUCUCGGAGUAUACGUGCUCUAAAUGCCUACAAUACAGAGGAAUCCAGCUGCUCCUAAUGGGAUGCAUUUGCAGAGAGGAAGAAUUCCUCAUUUAAGAUGGGUAAUAAGCAAACGAUAUUUACUGAUGAACAGCUAGAUGCCUACCAGGAUUGCACGUUCUUCACUCGGAAGGAAAUCCUUCGGUUGCAUGGCCGGUACCAUGAGAUGGCACCAAACGUUGUGCCCAUGGACUACACAAAGGACCCAGAUGUCAAACUACCUAUGCAGCUCAUAAUAAACAUGCCUGAGCUAAAGGAGAAUCCCUUCAAAGAAAGGAUUGUGUCUUCUUUCUCUGAAGAUGGAGAGGGCAGCCUGAGCUUCAAUGACUUUGUGGAUAUGUUCUCUGUGCUCAGUGAAAUGGCUCCCAGAGAGCUCAAAGCAAUCUAUGCCUUUAAGAUCUAUGAUUUUAACACAGAUAACUUCAUUUGUAAAGCAGACCUGGAGCAAACCCUCAAUAAGCUGACCCGGGAGGAGCUGACAGCAGAGGAGAUCACCCUGGUGUGUGAGAAGGUGAUAGAAGAGGCUGACAUGGAUGGGGAUGGGAAGCUGGGCUUUGCAGAUUUUGAAAACAUGAUUUCCAAAGCACCAGACUUUCUCAGUACUUUCCACAUCAGAAUCUGAAGAUGUUUCUGAGAGCCAGUGUUAUCAGAAAUGACUUUGCCAGUCCAGCCUUUCUGAAUCUCAGGCACUCCAGGGGCUUCUGUCCUCUAAUGAGGGCUUCUCAGAACUCAGCAGAAAGUACUGAAGUAAUUCUGGUCCACAAGGAGACAGAAGCAUCAUGUGUUCUACAGGAUACUUGGAACAGUCACAUUUUUAUCUUCACUGCUGGCCAAGCACUCUGGCAAAGAUGGUUGGUAGUUGGGUUGUGGUUUUUGGUUUUUUUCCCCCCCUUUUUUUAAACAGUCAGAAUCAGAAUAUUAUUAAAGGUAUUUCCACAUAGUUUUUAUAUUUAUGAAUAUUUAAUACUGCUCUUAAAAGUGCAAAAAAAAAAGAGAGAGAGAGAAGGGUUAGCUUUGGUGUGUUUUCCAAGAGGAUUUGAAAGAAAGCACGGGCCUUAACUAAUGAGAUGCCUCUAUCACUGUGUUGGACAGCUGGGGGUCUUGCAUGGAAAUUCUCUGAGGGGAAAGAACUGCAGCCAAGAUCAAGCUCCCAGUGUUGAAGACAACCACAGCCCAGGCUUGCCUUUCAGCCUCUGAAAUGGCAGCUGCUGGGUUUGGUGCUUACCUUCAACUGGCAUUUUAUGGAUCGUGGUGUCCUUAUGAAACUUGAAACCCUUGCCUUUUGUACACGAGAUCCCCUCCUCCCCGAGGUCAGUGCUCCAGCUGUGUCCUUACUCCAGUGGGGCUCCUGCAUUUUACUCACUCUGUGGGCUGGUGAUGAGUGGACAAAUAUGAUCCCCUGGAACUCAUGAAGAAGUUGAAGAAGCACAGAACUCCUCCUAAGGACAUGAAAAGACAUUUUCUUUCUAAACCAGCUAUGCAAUCUUUCCCAUAAAGUGCAUGAAUGCAGCUCUAUAUUUCUCUUCCCCCUCCAGCUGGAAAUCAGCUCGAUCUUUCUUUUUUUUCCACUUCCAGUAUUGUUUGGGUACUGGGGCCUGGAGACAAUCAUGUGUGUAUUAAUUACUGUUCUAACAGUCAAUAGAAGGGCUCUGUCACCUACAUGGCUUCUGUAUCAAAGUCAUCACCAUUAAAACCUUUGAGUCAUU